AUGCCGCACUUUGAAUCUGCCCCCAAGUACUCGGAAAAUGACCCGGCACAAACGGAUAAGCAAAAGACUGGCCCAGUCCCGCCAUACGAGGAAUUCCAAGUAAAGGCCCUUCAGAGGAGAGAUACUGACCUCAUAUUUUUUGACGAGGCAGUAAUAAAUGCCAUUGGAGAUGACGAGACCAUUGUGAACGCUGAGCGUUAUGGCAACUCGUCAUGGUCAGCAACCGGAAAGCUCACCACCAAGAGGGCAGAUGGCACACUACACGAGUACUUUCUCAAGAUCAUUAAGGGUGACCUUGCCGGUCCCCGCGUCCUCGGAGAGUUUGCUUGUAUGAAAGAGCUGGAAGGAGCAGUGCCAUCACUUGUGCCCCAGGCCAAAGCGGCGGGCAAAUGCCUUGAUUCAGAGGGUGCUUUCUUUCUCUGCGACUACCUCGAGAUUGACCACCGGCCCGCCAACCCUGAACAGCUGGGCAAGAAGAUUGCCGAGCUACAUCGGGCCAGUGAAUCGCCCACGGGCAAGUUCGGCUUCCACUUGACGCCCUACGACGGCAAGCUCCCCCUGGCCGCAGAGUGGGACAGCAACUGGACCUCCUUUUUCACCAAGCUGCUGUCGGGCGUCUACCAGCUCGACAAGAAGGUCAACGGCUCGUGGCCCGAGCUGGACGAUGCAAUGGAGCUGACACUAAAGACGGUCAUCCCGCGGCUGCUGAACCGGCUGACCGAGGACGGCCGCACAGUCAAGCCGUGCCUGAUCCACGGUGACCUGCAUGAGCAGAACAUUGGCACUGAGCUGCGGACGGGCAACAUUUACAUCUUCGACUCGUGUGCCUACUAUGCGCACCAUGAGAUGGCCAUGGGCAUGUGGCGCGUGGACCACCACCACAUGAAGGCCCGCGAGUACCGCCGCGAGUACUUCAAGAACUACCCGCCCGACGAGCCGCAGGAGGAGGCCGACGACAGGAACAGGCUGUAUGCUGUCAAGGAAGAGAUCAUGUACUCUGCGCACGUCCCUGGCACCAAGGCUCGCUCGCAGGCGCUGGAGGACCUCAAGUUCCUGAUCGAGAAGUAUGUCGACUACGAGGACUCCGAUGAGGAAGAGGACGAUGAGGACAGUGAUGCGGCCAGCUCUACGGACGAGAAGCAGCUCCUUGUUCCGUACUCGCUGUAG